GCAGCCGCCUCCCGCCGCCCGGUCCGGCACAAGCGGGGUGGGAGCUGCCGGAGCCACCAUGGACCGGGGGGAGCCCCUUGGAAGCGGUUUCUAACGGGGGACACCCCAUUCCCCCGCUGACGUCCCUCGCUUAAAAACGAAGGGAGGGAAAAGGAGGGGGGAAGCAAUAGUAGGAACGCACCAGAGCCGGGGUGAAGCGGGGCUCCGGCGGAGGCGGCGGCGCCGGCUGGAAAAUGCAUCUCCCGCGGAGCUGCAUCGUCUUCCUCAUCCAGGGGAGCAUCUCUCUGCUGGUGAUCCGUGGCCAGGAAGCAGGGAAAGGCGCAGAGCAACGUGAACCCAAGAGCCAGGAGAGAGCUCAAGUGCAGAAGGCACGAGGGCUGCUCUCUCCCAGGUCCUUGUUACCUCCAACCUUCCUGCAGAACACGACCCUCCUGGAGCUGGCGAGCAGCUCACAGCAGUUCUGGGAUAUCCUGGAUCGCGUCUCCAUGCGGGACCAUGCUCCACAGCCCAGAGGACAGAGGGACUUGGGGCCAGUCUCGGGCAAGCUGAAAAAGCUUUUUGGCUGGGGCGAUUUCUAUUCCAACAUCAAGACGGUGAAGUUGAACCUCUUGAUCACCGGGAAGGUGGUUGAUCACGGCAACGGCACAGUCAAUGUCUUCUUCCAACACAACUCCACCGGGCAAGGGAACAUCUCCGUCAGCCUCGUGCCUCCAACCAAGGCCGUGGAGUUUGACCUGGAGCAACAGAUCUUCAUCGAGGCCAAAGAAUCCAAAGUGUUCAACUGCCGUGUGGAGUACGAGAAGGUGGAUCGUGCCAAGAAGACCACGCUCUGCACUUACGACCCGUCUAAGACCUGCUACCACGAGCACACCCAGAGUCACGUCUCCUGGGUCUGCUCGAAGCCCUUCAAAGUCAUCUGCAUCUACAUCACUUUCUACAGCAUAGACUACAGGCUGGUGCAGAAAGUGUGUCCCGACUACAACUACCACAGCGACGCUCCCUACUAUCCAUCGGGAUGAGGCACUCGGAUGCCCUGGUGACAAGCGGGUGCUGGGGAGGGGAGGGAGGGAUGGGGAUGGGUUUGUGAGCAGGGGUGAGUGUGUGGAGCUCCCUAGAACCCAGAAACAAGGAAGGAAGAGGAGGAUUUUCCAUUUUCCCCCCAAAAGCUCCAAUGGCAAGAGGAAGAAUUUUAGGCUAUGGGGUACCAGCAUCGCUAAUCCUGGCCUGGAUCCAUGGUCUGUAGAGACGGGGAUGCGAAAGCAGGGUCUGACUUUAGGAUAUAGAAAACAGGACAUAAAGCCGUGAUCUGGACUUGCGUUUCUCAGUGCAAUAAUGGAUUUGCCUGGAUCUAGGCCAUGUGGUUCUAAAAGGUUGGGGACCAGGCAAAGAGGGCUCCAGAAGCAGGUUUACACAGCUUGGAGCCAGAGGAAGACCUCAGGCUGGGAGAAAGGCACCUCAUGCCCUCCAUGGCUGUAAGGCACCCAUGGCCAGCCACAUCAUCUCCCCCACAUCCAAGUUCUGCGGCAGCGGGAGCUGGAGCUGAGCUUCCCCACAUUGGGCUGCAAAGGGCUUCCAGGAUGGAACCAAGGAGCUGGGGUGGGCAGAAGGGACCUUCCCGAGGUGCCAGCCCACCACGGCUCACACCGGGCACCGCAGCCCGGGGCAGGGGGGGGCUCCACAGUCGGAGGAAGCCUGGUGAGAUGCGCUGGGUCUGCUGACACAACGUAUGAUUCAUGUGUUUCCCCUGACACGCUGUGAUUCAUGCGCUUCCCCUUCAUCUCCUCCUGCUUCCCAUCACUGCCACGUCGGGCUCCUCGGUGCAAAUGUGUGUGCCCGGGUGUGUGUGAGCGUGUCGAGUUCUGACUGUAGCAUUUAAUGGGCUUGGAAGGGGAAAAAAACCCACCUCAACAACACCCCAACACUGUCCUUGAGAGAGAAUAAAGUUGUCACGGUGGCACCAGG